AUGAGUGAUAAAUAUAAGCUUCCAAGGACAACACUUCGCAGAAGAUCUCUGUCAGCUGAGCUAUCUGGAGAGAGUUCAACAGAUGAUGAAGCAAACAAAGUUGAGAGAAAAGUCCCCUACAAAGCUCUUCUCAUAAGACCUCGGCCAUUUGAACCAUUUGAUGAGGAUGAUUCAACGGACAGUGAUGCAACGGAUAGUGAUGCAACGGACAGUGAUGUAACAAGUCCAGAGGGGUUGAAAGCGAGUCCAAAGAAGAGCAAUGAUGCAAUAAACGAGCCGUCGAACAAGAAGAGAAGACUGCAUAGGAAGAAGAUGUAUACCCCUCGAAAAUUUAUUUCCCCAGAGGCAGAAGUUAACCAGACUGAUGCAAAUCCGUGCAACAGUGGGAGAUCAGAGAAGGCCCUUUCUGAUCAACGUGUCACCCCAGAAAAACCAUAA